GGGACCCAGCAGCCGCGGGCGGGUAGGGUGCGGGCGGUGGCAGCAGGUGGGCGGGUGCGGGAUCCGGAGUGGGUGCGACGGGCCCGGGGUUGCGGGCUGCGCUCGGGCCGCGGCGGCGGUGCGUGCGUGUCUGCGGCGGGCGGGCCAUGGACUUCAACAUGAAGAAGCUGGCGUCCGACGCGGGCAUCUUCUUCACUCGCGCCGUGCAGGUUCUGUGCCGCGCGGGAGGAGAGGUGCGGCGCCCGCAUCGGGCAGCCCGGGGACCCGAGGGCUCGGCAUCCGCCUCCCUGCCCUUGCCCAGCAGCGAUCCCAGCAGCGAUCCCAGCAGCGAUCCCAGCCCCGCCGGACGUUUGGAAGCCUGGGUCCCAGGCCCAGAGCCCGCACAUCUGGCACAGCCCCUUCCCGGACCCUCAGUCUCCCCGCCCGUACAAUGGGCAGGGGUCCAGGGCUGCCAAGGCCCCUUUUGCACGCUUGGGUGGUUGGACCGGAAGCCAGGAGUUAUUUCCUUUCUGCUCCAGGCAGGCCUGUUUCCUCUCCUUCCCUAGGAGUGGGGGGAGAGGGCGCCCUCCGCGGGCAGCUGCCCAGACCCUAAUCUGAGAUGGGAACGAGUCCAUCCAUUUGGGGUCACAGGGAAGAAACUGAAGGGGCUUAAUGGCACCGCAAAGACCUGAGUCAGAUACGGAGUGCUGCGCCUCCACCGCAGUGACCUUGGGGGAGGGAAGGCUCCGUGCUGGGUCUCAGUUUUCCCAUCUGAGAAGUGGGGCGAACGUACCCCCCUGGGGUGGACGUGAGGAUCUUCGGGACUUGGCACACAGUGCUCAGCACAAGCAGGCUCCUGGUGGGUGUCGCUGUGGGUGACACGGCUCCUGUGCCACAUGUGACCUUGGCCUCAGUCUGCCCUUCUGGGAAGGAGGUGUGAGGCCGCGCCGGCUCUGCCUACCGACCGACCGGUGCUGUUGUUGCUGACUCCGGAGGAGCCCAGCCCCAGCUCCUCAGAAGCCCAGGUGGCCGUGUUUACUAGAAAGCACAGUGGCCCCUGGAGGUUCACCGAAGAGAAGUUUGGCCAGGCUGAGAAGACUGAGCUCGAUGCCCACUUUGAAAACCUCCUGGUGCGGGCGGACAGCACCAAGAACUGGACAGAGCGGAUCCUUCGGCAGACGGAGGUGCUGCUGCAGCCCAACCCCAGUGCCCGUGUGGAGGAGUUCCUCUAUGAGAAGCUGGACAGGAAGGUGCCCUCGAGGGUCACCAAUGGGGAGCUGCUGGCCCAGUACAUGGCCGAGGCAGCCGGCGAGCUGGGGCCCACCACGCCCUAUGGGAAGACACUCCUCAAGGUGUCGGAAGCUGAGAAGCGCCUGGGAGCUGCAGAGAGGGACUUCAUCCACACAGCUUCCGUCAGCUUCCUCACGCCCCUACGCAACUUCCUGGAAGGGGACUGGAAGACAAUUUCGAAGGAGAGGCGGCUGCUGCAGAACCGGCGUCUGGACCUGGACGCCUGCAAAGCGAGGCUGAAGAAGGCCAAGGCCGCAGAAGCCAAAGCCACAUGUGAGGGAGAUACGGUGCCUGACUUUCAGGAGACUAGACCGCGUAAUUACAUUCUCUCGGCCAGCGCCUCCGCGACUCUGGAUGACACUUCCCGCCCCCCGCCCCCCCGGGCCGAGUGGAAGGAGAAACAUCCUGGAGGGUGGAGCCCGCCCUGUUUUUUUCUUUUGCCACUGACCCCCAGUGUGACUCAGGCCCGAGGCUGCCUUUCUCUGCCGGAGGACGGAAAGCUCUGGAAUGACGAGGUGGACAAGGCCGAGCAGGAGCUCCGUGUGGCCCAGACGGAGUUUGACCGGCAAGCCGAAGUGACCCGUCUCCUGCUAGAGGGCAUCAGCAGCACGCACGUGAACCACCUUCGCUGCCUCCAUGAGUUCGUCAAGUCACAGAUGACCUACUAUGCACAGUGCUACCGCCACAUGCUGGACCUGCAGAAGCAGCUGGGCAGCUCCCAGGCCGCCAUAUUCCCCGGCACGUUUGUGGGCACCACAGAGCCUGCUUCCCCACCCCUGAGCACCACCUCACCCACCACCGCUGCGGCCACCAUGCCCGUGGUGCCAACAGUGGCCAGCCUGGCCACUCCGGGAGAGGCCGCGCUCUGCCUAGAGGAGGUCUCACCCCCAGCCAGUGGGACCCGCAAGGCCCGGGUGCUCUACGACUACGAGGCAGCUGACAGCAGCGAGCUGGCCCUGCUGGCUGAUGAGCUUAUCACUGUCUACAGCCUGCCUGGCAUGGACCCUGACUGGCUCAUUGGCGAGAGAGGCAACAAGAAAGGGAAGGUGCCCGUCACCUACUUGGAACUGCUCAGCUAAGCAGGCCCUGGCACUCAUCUGUUGGUGACAGAUGCCCACAGCGGGGAGGCUAGCCCCAUUCCGCCCAUGCCCCCAUCCUCCAGUGGUGAGGGAGCCUGAGAGGCCACAGGCCCCAGCCCCUCCGCCAGCCCUGCUUGACCUGUGGUUUGGAGCCCGGCCUCCUGCACCCCCACACACCCCAGCUCUCCUGGCCUCCUGGGAAGGGAGGGAUGCAGUGCUGGUACCCAGAUGGGCCCCAAGACCCAUGGGGCACCCUUGGCAAGAAGAGAGCACCUGUCUUUUAGCUGCCAAAGGGUAAGGACCAGUGGCAAAGCAGGCGGGCUGUGGCAGCUUGGGCCUGGUGCUGCCCUGGGAGAGGACAGCCCAGCAAGAGACAGGUUGGCCCUGGAGCAGCGCCUGCCUGGUGCUACCCUUCCCCCUCCUCAGCUCAAGCCUUGCGUGGCCGCAGCCUUCACCUCUACACUCACUUUUUAACUGGUCUUUUUACUUCUGCCUGUCUGCUUGCUCUGGCCAACAGUGAAUAAUAAACCCUCCUUUGUGUGUG